AUGAUUCAGAGUGUCAAAGCUGCGCAGCGCCUCGAUUCCCGCGGGAAUCCGACCGUCCAGGUGGAGGUGACGACUACCCAGGGCACAUUCCGCGCUCUAGUUCCAUCCGGAGCCUCGACUGGGACUCAUGAAGCUGUCGAGCUACGAGACAAAGAUAGCUCCAAAUAUGGAGGCAAGGGCGUUACCCAAGCCGUCCACAAUGUGGAACAAGUCAUUGGCCCAGCCCUCGUUUCAAAGGGCUUUAAUCCCAAGACACAACUAAAGGACAUUGAUGCUUUCAUGAAGCAGCUCGAUGGCACGCCCAACAAGUCUCGUCUAGGUGCCAAUGCCAUACUUGGUAUCAGCAUGGCAUGUGCCAGAGCCGGUGCAGCUUCCGCAGGCGUUCCUCUUUAUGACUUCUUGCGAACUGAAGCAGGCGUGAAGAAGCCAUACGUGAUGCCCGUCCCAUUCCUCAACGUCCUAAACGGAGGCGUUCAUUCUGGAAACACCAUGGCUUUCCAGGAGAUCAUGAUCGCACCUACAGGCGCAGAGUCGUUUGAUGAGGCUAUUCGGAUUGCUUCUGAAGUUUACCACGCUCUCAAGGGCGUCAUUACAGACAAAUUCGGAGCUCCGGCAACUGGUGUCGGAGAUGAAGGUGGCUUUGCGCCCCCCAUCUCCACCCUGGAAGAGGCUCUCGAUCUUCUCACUGUGGCCAUAGACAAAGCAGGCUUCACUGGUCGUGUCAAACUGGCCUGCGACCCCGCUUCUUCUGAGUUCUUUGACGCUGGCACGGGAAAUUACGACUUGGCCUUCAAAAACAAGUCAGUUAAAGAUGUCAGGAGCUCCAAGGAGAUGCAGAAGCUCUACAAGGACAUCCUUGAUAAGUACCCCAUGGUGCUGCUCGAGGACCCCUUUGCUGAAGACGACUGGCAGAGUUGGUCAGAGUUCAACAAAGACUGUCCGGUUGAGCUUGUUGGCGAUGACCUUCUCUGCACAAACGUGGAGAGGGUCAAGAUGGCGGCCGAGAAGAAGGCGUGUAAUGCGAUGCUGCUCAAGGUGAAUCAGAUUGGCACCGUCAGCGAAGCCAUUGAGGCAGCAAACUAUGCUACUAGUCUAGGAUGGGGCGUGUUCGUGUCUCAUCGGUCGGGAGAGACGACCGACGACUUCAUCGCUGACUUGACGGUGGCACUUCGAACUGGCCACUUGAAGUCGGGUGCACCAGCGCGUGGUGAAAGAGUUGCCAAGUACAAUCGGCUUAUGGACAUUGAAGCUGAGCUGAAGGCAAGGGGGGAGGAUGUCAAUUAUGCUGGGGAAAACUUUCGAUUUGGUGGAAAAGUUGCUGGGUGA